GUCUUCUACUGUAUUUUUUUCCAUUUCUUUUUUUCUUUCCAUUUUUUUAUUUUUUUUUUCCAUCUCGAGCCAUAUCAUGUUUAUGUCAACGCAGUGUAUCUCUCAUCACCAGAUGAACAGCGAAGAUGGUCUCUAUGGUUGCACGAAUGGUUUGCUGCUUGUUGGGAACGCCCCGGGGGCCUGCCCGGCCGCCGAGGGGGGUUCUCUGGCGUGGGGUCGGCGAGGGGGGGGGUACUGGAACGGAACAAACUGGGAUGUUUUUUUUUCUUUGCUACUGUCUUUCCUUUCUCCUUGAUUUUGCGUUCCCCUUCAUCAUCUUGGUCCGCACCGAUGCUAGAUGUGUAACUAGGCAAUAUGGGAGUUGUUGAUCAACGUGUUAGUAAUUGCGAAAGCUCCGUGUGGCCGAGCAGCUUAGCCGAUACAGGCCGAGACUGGCCCGUCGGCGCUGUCCUGGGCGAAGCUCGGCCCUUGCCUUGCC